CACUCCCCCAGGAUAGCUCUGGAAUCCCUGGAGAGGGAGCCGGGCCGUGGGACUGUCCUACGGCCGCUGUGUUUGGGGGAGGACGGUGGCUGCCGUCUGCCACCCUUCCCCCUUGUGCUGAUAGGGCCCCCAGGGAGAGAAAGAGGGGACGUUGUUCAGAGGCAGGAACACUAUAUUGAAGAAUGUCUGGAAGUUUCUACUUUGUGAUAGUUGGUCAUCAUGAUAAUCCCAUAUUUGAAAUGGAAUUUCUGCCUCCUGGAAAAGUAGAGUCCAAGGAUGAUCAUCGCCAUCUCAACCAGUUCAUUGCCCAUGCUGCUCUUGACCUGGUAGAUGAGAACAUGUGGCUUUCUAACAAUAUGUAUCUGAAGACUGUGGACAAGUUUAACGAAUGGUUUGUUUCUGCUUUUGUCACAGCUGGACAUAUGAGAUUUAUAAUGCUUCAUGAUGUAAGGCAAGAAGACGGAAUUAAGAACUUCUUUAAUGAUGUAUAUGACUUGUAUAUAAAGUUUGCAAUGAACCCAUUUUAUGAACUCAAUUCUCCUAUUCGAUCCAGUGCCUUUGAAAGGAAAGUACAGUUCCUUGGGAAGAAACACCUUUUGAGCUGAAUCAAUAAAUUUCCCAAGCGAGUGCUUUUCCCAUACUUUCCUGAUUAUUUGAACUGUAUCUGUUCUGGUUAGUCCUGUGUGUUUGAUAUUCAUCUUCUGAAGAUAAAUUGGAUGCUGAAGCAGCUUUUUUUUUCCCCUAAUAUAGAUAAGAACAGCCAAGCUUCUCUGGUUAAAACGUAUGUCUCAAGAAUUUUCCUUUUAUGUGCUACCAAAACUAAGUUUAAUAAUGUCAGGGGCUGAAUAGUUUUAAACUGGGGCAUGUGGUUUAAAACGUGUAUGCAAAAUGUAAACCUCUUACAGAGGAUGGGAGGAAAUAAGAUCUAAACACAAAAGACAUCUCCAGUCAUAUGAUUUAAUGUGAGCAAAAGGGAAUUCUUGAUUGCUGGGCUUAAGUAGUUAAUUUUGUUAUAAACCUUUCUACUUGCAGUCCUUUGCUAGAGAACGUACUCUGAAGACUAACCAGACUAACCUUACUCUUAAUGGUAUUAAAUCACAUCUAUAUUAAUAUUGUAAUGUAUAAUAGACAUAUUAUCAAUUGCUAAAUAAAAAGAAAAGAGGAUGUAUCAGCAAAGCUUUGUCUUCAGUAUUUCAGGAAGUUUGGAGGAAAAAAACAUAUAGUUCCAUAGCUUAAAAUUGCAAAUAUACCAGAUGUUUAGUGCAAUAUAUGUUUUGCUGCAGGGUUGCAUCAAUUAAAUGAAUUUGUAAAGUAGAUCAGAACAGCUAUGUUUGCCCUAAUUAUAAUUAAAACAUGGAAAAAAAACUAAACUAAAUUUACAUGUUUAAACCUGGUUCCUUCCAUUAUCUCUACAAGUGCUGAAAUUAUCUUUUUGAAAAUAUAUUUAGAGUAGGACCUUUGAACCAUGAAAUUCUAUUUGUUGAAGUUUCAGAAAGGCAUUAUUUGGCCUGUCUGGAUACUAUUCUACCGUGAAAUGUCGUUGCGGACACUUUUGCAAAAUUUACCGUCAUUCCAAACCAGUAAUUUUUAAAUGGGUCAUUUGACAUAUACGUACCUAAUAUUUUGCUUGGUUUCACCAUUUCCUUUUGCAGCAAAUCUGUAUAAGCUAUCUUCUUGAACGUUUUUUUAUAUGUCUGAAAAAUAAUUUCCAAAGGAAGUGGCAUGCUGUUCUAGAAGUACAUUUUGCACAGUCUGUAUAAUCAAGGGGACCACGUGUGUAUGUAUGUGCUUUAAAUGUAUAGUCAGUCAUUAUUUCUUUGUAAUUUAUACUUACUGCUGAACUGUCACUGUAAAAUAUUCCAUGACAAAAAGAACAUAAUAUAAAGGUUGCAAUAUUUACCUUAAAUAAACUGUGGAAUGAUGCAGUA